AAAUGGCACAGUACUAAGGAGCGGACAGAAUGAACAGCAUGAAGACACACUCACCGCUGGUAACAAUGUCAAAUGACGACCCUCUACCGCUUGGAUGGGAAAUAAAAAUUGACCCACAGACAGGAUGGCCUUUUUUUGUGGAUCACAAUAAUCGCAAAACAACAUGGAAUGACCCAAGACACGAUCUCAAAAAGGUCACCCAGUUAUCUCAGAAUGGCCCCUCUGUUCCUCAAGAGCCAAGCCCCCAGGAGACACAGAAGACAUAUUUAAGGGAGAUGAAGCACCCCACACUCCGCCAGGGUUAUAUACCCAUCCCUAUCUUCCAUGAGGGUGUAGAUCUCCGACAGCAACAUCAGCCAUCAUGUUAUUCCUACAUCCAACCAGCCUCUUUACAGAAUGUUCGGGCAGAAGGACAGACACCUUCCCCUACUCCUACACUUCACUGCCGACCUAGAUCUCCAUUGUUGGGCCCUUCAGAGAGCUGCCCCCCAGAGCCCUGCAAAUCAUGUUCUCCUGUUUCACAAGGACCUGAGAUUCAUAAUGCCCCCUUCCACCAGUCUUCGAGGCCCAGCAGCACCAGCCUUCAGACAGGUUAUAUCCCCAUCCCAGUGAUCCACGAGGGAGCUGUAGGUCAACAAUCCCCAGUCAACUCCUCACUCUACUCCCAACGCUUGCCUUUCUCUGAGCACCAGACACCUUUCCACCGCCUACAGCCAGAGGAGUGGAGCGCUCAUCGUGGGUCUACACCCCCUCCACGGGAUCGGGCCUCUCCAAGUAUAGUUUCCCAGCACCGUGAGGCUGCCCCAAUCCAUCUCCCUCCCCACAUGAGAAGUCAGUCUCCAAUUAUAGCACAGUUUAUGGGAGAAAGGCCACAGAUGCAACACCAUGUCCAACAGAGGGAAUCACCUCACAAAGUGGAGCAGGAGGAGCAAAGCAACAUGUCAAGACCCGAGAACCUUAUUUUUUCACAGUCUGUGCAGAGAGAGCCUGAUGCACCAAAGCCACAGCAACCUCAACAGCCUCCACAGUUCCAACAGCCUCCACAGUUCCAACAGCCUCCACAGUUCCAACAGCCUCCACAAUUCCAACAGCAUCCACAGUUCCAACAGCCUCAACAGUCCCAACAGCCUCCACAGUUCCAACAGCCUCCACAGUUCCAACAGCCUCCACAGCUCCAACAGCCUCCACAGUUCCAACAGCCUCCACAGUUCCAACAGCCUCCACAGCUCCAACAGCCUCCACAGUUCCAACAGUCCCAACAGCCUCAACAGUCCCAACAGCCUCCACAGUCCCAACAGCCUCCACAGUCCCAACAGCCUCCACAGUCCCAACAGCCUCCACAGUCCCAACAGAAUCCACAGUCCCAACAAUACCCACUGCCACAGCAGCCCCAGCAACCACAGCAGGUGUCCCAACCUCAGCAGCAGGAACAACCCCAACAAACACAACCUCAGCAGUCACAGCAAACAUCAAACAUCACAGUGCAGAUUCCUCCAAAAUCCGAACCCGAGGACUCUGUACAAGAGGAUCCUGGUUCUAAAGCAGAAGAUGAGGCAGACGCUCAAGCUCCAAGGCACCCAGGUUUGGCUAAGGUACAGCAGAUAGUAGAGAGAGUGGCAAAACUGAAGCAAGAUGUGAGAUGUUUCGAAGGGAAGAAGAAUGAUAAGAAGUACUUACUGUUGGAGGAGAUGUUGACCAAAGAGCUUUUAGCAUUGGACUCAGUAGACCCAGAGGGACGGCUAGAUGUGCGGCAGGCUAGACGUGAUGGAGUCCGGAAGGUCCAAAACAUCUUGGACGAACUUGAGCAACUGGAUGAGCGGCCAACUGUGCCAACCAGUGAGUCUUCAAUGGAGGGUGACAACCCACUGCAGAAAGGGGAGCCUAGCAUGAUCAGCCAAGUCAAUGUGGAGAUGUCUAGGGAUGGCCAGGGAGUAUCAUAGUGACACACUGAAAUACACCAUAACAACCCCACAGUCAACAAUUUUACUGCAGAUAUCACUGAAUUUUGCAUGUUAAUUAACAGUAUUUGUAUUUUCUGGCAUUCACCCCUUAUGUGAUGGUAACUGAGUGAAAUCAUGUAUUAAGUGAUGUUAAGCCAGUGUUGCUACCAUUUUUGUGCUGUGCACCGAUGUCCUUGCUACAUGAUCUUUGUCUUCAAGUUGUUAGAGACAGAGGUCACCCAGAAAGAACAUUAAACAAGAGGCCUUGAUUGAUGAAGUGAAAAUAACAGUUGAUAUUUUGUAUGUGUAUUAUGUAGUUGCCUUUCAACCAUGUGAUGUGUAAAGCUUUUUAACAUAUUAUUUGAGAAAGAUACUGGUCUGUAAUCUGUUCAAGAAAGGGCUUAUACAUGAUGUAAAAUAUUGCCCUCUUAUUUUAAAUUGAUUGCUGUACUUGCAGUAUUUACCUCAAAUACUUUAAUACUAAGAGGUAGGACAAACAGGGAAAGCCAUUAUGCCUCAGAUGGCAAGUGCCAAAAAUGUUUAAUUUCCACUCCAUUCUUUUAAAUUGCCUGUUUCAAUUCCUAACAAAUUUGUAAUUGCUAAUCAGUUACAGCUUUAAGGUGUUGGGACUUAUUUUGCCAUUCUUAAAAGUAAAUAACUAUUCCAAUAAUAUUUAAAACAAAUUCAAAGUAUCUCUGUUUAAAAUGAUUAACAUUAUUAUUGGAAUGAUUAUUGCUUAGUUAACUUUUUUUUUUAACAAGCCAUGAUAGUAAUAUGUUUAUUUCUAGAGUCAAUGGUUGUAUUUUGAAAUCGAGAGUUAUGAAGGUUACAAUAAUGACAGAAAUGGAUGUGAGCUGUAUAUCUCACAAAAUGUGAGAUUAUACCAGCACCUGCUGCUAAUUACGAGUCACAGUUUAAAAGGUUUGAGAAUGUAAAAUGAAAUAUAUUUGUUAUAUCACAGCUUGUGAGUUGCAGGUUGUUGCAGUGUUAUAGAUUGUUGAAGUUACGUUGGUUGCAAAUAAAAUUUAUUUGGCAUUGUC